AUGUAAUGAAUUUCACAAGUAGUCAAAAACUGUGAAAGUAGAUAAGACAAAGCAAAAUUGCAGCAUAAACGAAAUUGGACUGUGCACUUAGGUUAACACACUACCUUUGGCGUCGUUUUAUUUGAGAGAAUGGGCAGUACCCAGGCAGUCGGUCCCCUGGUUAUUGUGUUCUUCACCAACCGGGAAGUUUUUCUGACUCAAGUCAUAUGAUUUGACCAUAUGGACCGGAGAACACGCCUGUCGGAGGGGAAUAAAACGUCUCUGAAUCAACAGAAUAUCUCAGCCGAGGAGAACUUCAUCAACAAGAAAGUAGCCCCCCCUCUCAAAGGAUCCUUUUCCGAGGAUGACUGUGACAACUCCGGUCUGUCGAGUAUGUGAUUUCUGCCGCGUCGUCUGUCCUCUGUGAAUUUUGCCAAUGGCUAGCAUGCUUGUUUAUUUUCAUGCUAUCCCGCAACAAUGCUACCACUGGAAAGCCUCUGUCGGCCCCGAGGCAUCGUAGCUAAAUACGCACCGAGUCGUCGGUUAAAAAACAGUAUAACCAUGGUUGACAAAGAGGAACUGGAGGAGAGGUUGAAGAAACUAAUAGUGAGGCUAAAAAACCCACAACAGGACAGACAGCUAAUGACACUCAUUCAAAUAAUCCAGGAUCUGCUUUUUCUGGCACACACCGACUGUGCAGCGGAGCUGUUUGAAGAUAAAAAUGUCCAUGGGCCUCUUGUGGUGGCACUUUCAUCUUACAAUAACAGCAGAGGAGUUCAGCAGGUGGGCUGGUCACUGCUCUGUCGUCUGAUUGAGAUAUGCCCUAGUACCUUGGACCAUCUAACGCAGCCUCUGGGAGCAGCCAAGGACUGGGAGGUAUUAGGAGUGCACCAGCAGCUUCUGAAGGUGCUGGUCCAGUAUAGGAAUGACUGCAAGGUGACCAUGGUCGGACUCAGGGCCCUAGCUCUCUUGCUCAAAUCAGACAUAGUGCCACUGCUGGUGCUGGAGGAGGAAGAUGACGUGUUUAGUCUGGUGGUGGAGGGGAUGAGGUCAUUUCCCGUCGCUGAGGAGGUGCAGCUCCAAGGCUGUCUGACUCUGCAGCUCCUGCUGGAGAGAGUGAGUGAUGAACAUCUGAUAGAAUUUGUGGAGAACCAGGACCAUCUUGUGGUCCUAACAGCUUUGCAGACGUUCCAGGACAGGCCUGACCUUAUUCUACAGGCCAUGAAGGUGCUACUGCCCUUGGCCCGCCCUGGCAGUAAUGUGGAAAUGCUAAUGUCGGGAGGCUCCAGGUGCUACAGCUUGCUCAUUGCUACUAUGGAUGCCUUCCCAGAGGAGGAGGAGCUGCAGGAGACGGCCUGCUGUCUUUUCAGGGAGUUUACAUCAGAGAGUUACUACAACAUCCUGGUGCUGAACGGCGUCCAGAGGGUGGCAGUAAGAGCAUGUGAGACUUUUCCCGACAACCCCAGGCUGCAAGCUGCUGCACUGUACUGCCUGGCUGAGCUCACCGAGACCAUAGUUCGGACCAAGGCAGUGUCACAACAGGGCCUAGAGGAGGGAGAGGAGGAGGAGAACAGAGGUAAGGAGGAGGUGGAAGACAUGGGCCUUGGGUGGAUGGAAGCCUGCUGCACUGCGCUGGAGCUGCAUGCUGCCGAGCCAACUGUUCAGGAAGCCGCAUGUUGGGCCAUCCACAGUCUGUUAUUCCACAGGACCGGACUUAACCAUUCAGCAGAGGAGCAGGAUGAGAGGACUCCUGUUCACAGACAGAUAAUGACGGCCUUGCUGCUCCACUCGUCUUCUCCUCGAGUGUUUAAAGCUGCUACUUGUGCCAUGGGCACGCUCAUCACACACAACAGCAGAAUGCGGUCCCUGCUACUGUCCAACGGUCUCCAUGUCAACCUGGUGGAAAUGAUGAAGAGGUACUCGGCCUCUGCUGAAGUCUCUGCCAGCGCAUGCAAACUGCUGCACCUCCUCUUCCAGGGAAGGACGGCCAAUUUGGAUGAGCUGAACAUGGCUAUGGAUCAGAUUAUCAGGAUCAUGAAGAUACACAACUACGAGCUUGAUGUUCAGCUGGAGGCACUUCAAGCCAGCCUAGUCUUCCUCUGCCCAGACAGGAGUCUGCAGGAGCAUGGCGUCUCAGUGAGGGACCCAGACACUGCUGACCUGUCGCUGAGGGUUUUAAAGAACCAGUGUGUGGUGGAGGGGGCCCACACAGUCUACCUAGAGGUUCUCAAUAGGUUCAUUAGCAGCUCAUCCAUACAGAAGUAUGGUCUGAAGGUGCUCUCCGCUCUGGCUGACUGCUCUGGUGCAGUGGACUUACUGUGCCAGCAGGGGGCCAUAGAUACUGUGCUGCAUACACUGCAGAUGUUCCCUAUGGAGCGAGAAAUACACUACUGGGGUCUGAGCCUGCUCUGCUACCUCGUAUCCAAGAAAAAGCUGUCCAGAAUGAUGGUACCUGUUCUGGCCUCCGUUCUGGUCGCCUCACUUGUCCAGUACAACGAGGACCCUGAGAUGCUGUUAAAGGGUUUUCAGGUGGCUCUGAGGAUGAUGGAUGCCUGCUCGGGAGCGGCUGUUGAGCUUCAGAGAGAGGGCUUUGACAGGCAGAUCUUCCGGCAGCUCAGAGAGGACACUCUUGAACAAAGCAACAGCUCGCUUUGUAAGUCAGCAUGCUUGGCUUUGUCCAAGAUGUGGUAUGACUCAGAGCUGCACCACAGCAUCCUUGAGAGGGCCUGCGAGGACGGCGACACAAUGAUGGCAGAAUGUCUGAUUCAGCUGGGUGCUGACAUCAAUAGGAAGACAAAGACAGAGUCUCUCAUCUAUCAGGUAUGUGAGAGAGGUGGUCCACUGGAGCUUGUGGAGCUCCUGCUUAGCCGAGGUGUCCCUGAGCAACACCUGCGUAGAGCCCUGACAGUUAGCCUGAAGCGGGGGGACGGUCCCACCAUCAUCCUGCUGUUGGGUAGGCUAGGCCUGGACCUCAACAAUAGUUCCCUCUGUUUGGGUGGCUUACGGCUGGGCCAUCUAGAGGCUGCUUGGCUCAGCCCCCUGUUGGCUGAAAGAGGAAGAGCACAAAUUCUGCAAUCCAACAACAGUAAAGGGGCGAGUCUGGCUCGGUAUGUGCAGGCACUCCAGAGGUCCAAGAGCACCGCUGGUCCUCCCAGGUCUCUGGUCGACCCCAGCCUGACCUCUGGCUAUGUGUCAGACGAGAGUGAUGACUCCAGCUUUAGUUUGGUCUCCUUGGAAGACUGUCUUUUCCUUAAUGACGACAUGGAGAGUGACGGUAGCGAUUCGCUGUCAUUGGCUUUGUCUCUCAAGUCCAACACCAAUUCAGCAGAAGAGUUGAGAGCAGGGUGUCUAAAAAAGAAGCAAGGGCGCUGCAGACAUGCCAGUGCCGAGAGUGGCCAAACUGAGAAUGAACACAUUGAAUCUCUGCAGAGGCGAUAUGGCAGGGCAGGCACCAAUCAAAAAGGCAUCUACUCUCCAGUACUGGGGUCUGUAGAUAACUCCACAUCUCUUACCGGGGACAGGGAGCGGAUCCGCCUAUUAGACCUAUCAGGGAACGAGCUGGACUCUUUGUGUUGUUUAAUGGACAACGGUUCUGUCCAACGCCAACUGGAGCACCUGUUGCGCCUAGACCUGAGCCACAACAGCCUGCUAGAGUUCCCCUCUGUACUGUGCCAGACCUUGAAGAGUUUGACUCGACUGGACCUCCAGGGCAACCAGCUCCAGUCGCUGCCCACAGAACUGCUGGCCUUGCCCUCAUUGAGCACGCUCAACGUGUCUCGCAAUUCAGUGGGCCCGCUGCUGACCCUUGACCCCGCCAUCACCUGCCCAUCACUACGGCAACUUAACCUCUCUUUUAACAAAAUUACCACCUUUCCUCAUCAGCUGGGCCAGGUCGUACACAGACUGGAAGAGCUGUCCAUUGAGGGUAACAGGAUAAAUGAGCUGUGCGGUCCUCUGCAUUUAGUGGAGAUGAAGUCGCUGGAUGUGAGUAAGAACAGCAUCGAGAACAUUUCACCUGACUUUCUGGCUGGCUGCCCCAAACUUGAGACCUUCAGUGCCUCCAUGAACAAACUCAGCUCCCUGUCACAGCUACCAUCCAAGAUAACAACGCUGAAAUUAGGAAACAAUGUUUUCAGUUCCAUUCCUGAAACCAUACUUGAUCUCCCAAACUUGCGGUCAGUUGACAUGAGAGCCAAUGACAUUGCGGUUCUACCGGGACCAGGAUUCUGGGCCUCCAUGAACCUCCGAGAGCUGAUGUUUGGUCAGAAUCGUAUCGAGGCUCUGGACCUGACUGGACCAGUCUACAAAUGGGCCAGGCUGGAGAAGCUCCACCUGAGUGACAACAAGCUGACGGAGAUUCCCCCUCAGAUCGGCCUGCUGGAGGAACUGACCUCCCUGGAUGUGAGCCGUAAUGUCGGCCUACGCUCCUUUCCUGAUGAGAUGGGGAAGCUGGCAAUAUUGUGGGACCUGCCGCUGGAUGGCCUCAAGCUCCAGCUAGACCUAAAACUAAUUGGCAGCAAGACCAAAGACAUUGUCAGGUUUCUGCAGCAGCGUCUGAAGAAGGCGGUGCCGUACCACCGGAUGAAGCUCAUCGUCGUAGGUAAUGCUGGUAGCGGGAAGACCACUCUGAUCCAUCAGCUGAUGAAGGUGAAGCGCUCCCAGUGGAACUCGGAGCGAACCACCAUUGGCAUCGACGUCAGAGACUGGACCAUUGGGGAACGGGACAAGAAGAGCAUGGUGCUUAAUGUGUGGGACUUCUCAGGUGGCGAGGAGUUCAGUGGCUCCCACCCUCACUUUCUGACUCCAAGAGCGCUUUACCUGGUGGUGUAUGACCUCAGUAAAGGAGCCAGUCAGGUGGACGAUCUCAAACCUUGGCUGUUCAACAUUAAGGCGGUAGCCCCACUCUCCCCAGUCAUCCUGGUAGGCACCCACACAGAUGUGAGUGAGGAAGCACAUUUCCAGGCCUGCCUGACCAAGAUCAGAGAAGAGCUGCUCAGCCACCAGAGUUUCCCUGCCAUCAGGGACUACCACAUGGUGUCCUUGUGUGAGGACCCAGAUGCUGUGGCCAAGCUCCGCAAGGCCAUCGCCAGGGAGGUCACCAACUUCAAGAUCCAGGGCCAGCCAGUGAUGGGUCAGCUGGUUCCCGACAGCUACAUGGAGUUGGAGCGCAGGAUACUCCAGGAGAGAGGCAGGGUGCCCCCAGAGUUCCCCGUCCUCAGACACCACGAGCUGCUGCAGCUCAUCCAGGAAAGCCAGCUGCAGCUGGAGGAGGCUGAGCUGCCCCACGCUAUCCAUUUUCUCUGUGAAGCUGGGCUGCUCUUGCACUUUGAAGACCCUGCACUUCAGCUCAGAGACUUGUACUUCAUAGACCCCCAGUGGCUGUGCAACAUCAUCUCACAGAAAUUGACGUUGAAGAGCUGUGGCUUGUGGGAGCACCCCAAAGGUGUGGUGCAACGCUCAGUAGUGGAAAAAUUCCUGUCUGAGAGCAGGUGCUUCCCUAAGAACUAUCUUACCCAGUUCUUUAAACUGCUAGAAAAGUUCCAGAUUGCUUUGCCCUUUGGGGAUGACCAGCUCUUGGUACCCGGCAGUCUAUCCAAACAUCGACCAGUGAUAGAGCUUCCUCACUGUGAGAACUCGGAGGUGAUUGUACGUCUGUACGAGAUGCCCUACUUCCCUAUGGGCUACUGGUCCCGCCAGAUCAACCGUCUACUCGAGAUCUCCUCCUGCUUGCUCUGUGGCAGAGAGAAAGUGCUGCGUCCCAACCGCAUCUAUUGGAGGAGGGGUAUAUACCUCAGCUGGUCUCCUGAGGCCUACUGUCUGGUGGAGGCUGCUUCUGUGGAGAGCAACCCAGCCAGCUUUGUCAAGAUUACUGUGCCCUGCUCACGCAAAGGUCGAGUGUUGCUGGGCCAGGUGGUGGACCAUAUCGACUCUUUACUUGAAGAAUGGUUUCCUGGUCUACUAAACACUGACAUGCAUGGCAGUGGUGAGGCCCUACUUAAGAGGUGGGCUCUCUACAGUUUCGAGGAUGGUCAAGAGUGGAGCAAGAUUUUAUUGGAAGACCUCUUUACCCAUUUUGACGAUGAUUUUCUUUUAGUGAAUCCAGAGGACCCUCGAUACACACUGCCAAUCUCUCAGAUCGCCCCUGACUUGAUAUUGAGUGAUCAGCCUGCUGGGACCAUUUUGGACAGUGAAGAGCUUGAGGUGGACCUCUCUAAGGAGAACCGACUGGGUGGUGGUGGUUUUGGGACUGUCUAUCGGGGGUUCUAUAAAAAUGAAGAGGUAGCUGUGAAGAUAUUCAACAAGCACGCAUCUGACUUGUACGUCCACAGGCUCCUUCGACAGGAGUUGGCAGUGCUGGGUCGUCUUCAUCACCCAAGCCUGGUGGACCUAUUGGCUGCUGGGCCAGUGCCCCAGGUCCUGGUAAUGGAGCUAGCACCACGGGGCUCACUGGACUCUCUUUUUGAACAUGAGAAUGGCAGCCUCAACCGCAAGCUUCAGCACAGGAUAGCCCUGCAGGUGGCUGACGGACUCAGGUACCUCCACUCAUCUAUGAUCAUCUAUCGGGACCUGAAGCCACACAACGUCCUGCUCUUCAACCUGAAGACCAACUCUGAGAUCAUCGCCAAGAUCACCGACUAUGGCAUUGCCCAGUACUGCUGCAGCAUGGGGGUGCGGAGUUCUGAGGGCACACCAGGAUUUCGGGCACCAGAGGUGGCCAGGGGCAAUGUGAUCUAUAACCAUCAGGCUGAUGUGUUCUCCUUUGGCCUGCUGCUCUAUGAUCUGCUUACUUGUGGUGAGCGCAUCUCAGAUGGCAUGAAGUUCCCCAGCGAGUUUGAUGAGAUUGCCGUGCAGGGGAAAUUGCCAGACCCCGUGGAACACUAUGGAUGCUCCCCAUGGCCAGGCUUCCAGGCCCUAAUGAAGGAGUGUUUGAAGGAGAGUCCACAGGAUCGGCCCACAUCCGCUCAGGUCUUUGAGAGACUUAACUCCGGGGAGACGUUAUGCCUGAUGAGGGAGCUGGUGGUUCCCGGAGCUCCCAGCGCUGAAUGCUUCGCUGUGGGCCAUGGCAGCAGUGAAGGCCACUACUCCAGCCCCAGGGCCUGGCUGGGAGGGGGCAGCACCACCCAGAAACUGGGCUCUGUGAUGGCGGUGGACUUGGACACUGGCAUUAUUACUGCACAGGAGAUUGACACCAGUCCUGUCCUAUGCCUGGUUGAGGCCUGCGAUAGGGUGGUGGCUGGAACCCAGUCUGGUUCCAUAUUGGUCAUCAACAGUCGGGACAUGUCGACAUGGCAUCACCUGCAGAGUGUCACUGACGCUGUCACAUCGCUGUUCUUUCACACAUUUCCUCGUCGCACGCAAAGGAAGAAUUACUUGUUGGUCGGAACAGCAGAUGGUAUUCUCACCGUCUAUGAGGACUCUGCCCUAAUGCAGGAGAAUGGCCAGCCAGUCAAAACCCUCACCAUAGGGAAUGUCAACACCCCAGUCGUGUGUCUUGGCCAGUCGAUUCACUCGCUGGACAGGAGCACGGUGUGGGCGGGAUGUGGAACCAGGAUCCUCUCAUUCACCGCUGACUAUGAUGUGUUAAGGAAAAUCGACACGAGGCCCAACCUCAUCUUCCAACAGCAGCGAUCAGUAAGCUGUGAGGCUUGUGUUUCUCGUAUGGUGGUGGAUAAACAUGUUUACCUCAGCAAGGCUCAGGGACACGUCAUCGAGGUGUGGGACAAGAAGAGUGAAAGGAUGGUGGACCGCAUUGACUGUGCCCAGCUCAUAAGACAUGACCCAUCCUGGAGAACCAGAACGGGCAGUCUGGUAGAUAUCCCCAAGGAGGAUGCUCCCACAUGGGCCAGUAUAAAGGCCCUGCUUGUACAAAGCAGUGCAACACUCUGGAUUGGCACUAGAGGAGGCUACCUGCUGCUAGUGGAGCUGUCCAAACACCAGGCGCUUCAAGUCCUCGGCCCCCACUGUCAGUCCAUCCGCAGCAUGGCCCCCGAGAUCAUAGCAACCAUGAACCGAAAAAAUGUGGUGCUGGUUUUGGGCAGGAGACUCUCCCAAGGAAAGGAUCAGUUUGAUGAGGAGUCAGUGCUGAUGAUGUGGAACAGCGCCCUGCCAUUGGAGGUUAAGGACCUGACCAAACACUGUAAGGUGAGAGAAGAGAUUACAGCCAAGAUGAGAGAGCAGGCCCAUCAGGACUGAGUCUACAGCUUUAAUGUACUUCUUAAAGGGAUCAACUGAAAUGGACUGAGGUGUCGGCACUACAUGUUAAGGGGGAAGGUUUACUUCGUUUUCUGACAGCCAUACUUCUUACUUCACUGCACUGAUAAACCAAGAACUGAUUAUUGCCGUUCUAUUGCAAUUGUCCCUUACGAGAUAUAUGGCUACCAAUUUCUCUUUUUUUCUUUUCCUUUUGUUACAAUGUUGCACGGCUGUGAGCUAUGUUGCCAUAUGUUUUGCAAGACAAUCUCUGUGUGGUUUUCAAGAGAGGUUGUUGUUAAAAGGGACACAGAUGACUCAAUUUGUGUUGUUAUCAGGCUGUGUGGUUUUUUCCUGGACUGUGUCAGGAAAGCCAGCUGGAACCGUUUCUUUUUUUUUUUUCUUAAACCUGUGAGUUUCCUGAGAAGCUGGACAGUAGGCCAAAGGAAGAGGAUCCUUUCCUCUCAAAGUUCAUAUUUACUUAUUUAUUCUGAUGUAUGUGUGUGUCUGUGUGUGUGUGUGUGUGUGUGUGUGUGUGUGUGUGUGUGUGUGUGUGUGUGUGUGUGUGUGUCUGUGUCUGUGUCUGUGUCUGUGUGUGUCUGUCUGUCUAACAGUGAGCUCUCAUUCACUCCAGUUCAGUAAGUAGACAGAAUAUUAAAUGUCAUUAUAUUGCCUGCUUUGUGCAGCACCUUUCCUGUCAUGUGCCAAGCAGAACAUGUUAGUAAAGUUUAUUUUAUUUACCAUGAUUGACCAUCUCUGUCAAAGUUGUCGUCUGUGCUUUAUUUCCAAUAAUAGCAUGGAGAUGGGAGGUAAUUUUAGAAUUCACGCACAUUGUAAGUGGUCGUAAAUAACUGCUAAUGGUCUACUUUUGCACUUCUCUUGACAAUAACUUUGGUUCAAACAAUCAAAAUAUAAACAGGGCAAAAGUAUUUGUGUAACUAAGUAAAAGUUGAGUAAAAUACUGA